AUGGAUGAGGUCACUGCGAAACUUGAAAAAAUCCCGAAUUUCGAGACGCUCAAAGGAAUCGUAAGUUUAUCCAAAAAAUAUAAAUUUUCUCGAGAAAACAACUUUUGUUGCAGAGCGCCGAGGAUAUUCCAUUUGAGGAGGAUAUUUUGCGCAAUCCAACUUCGGUAAAUUGCUGGCAACGCUAUAUCGAUCAUAAAAAGACGUCGAAAAGUCCAGCGAAACAGGUUUUCUUGAUUUAUGAGAGAGCUUUGGCUAUUUUCGAGAGAAGCUAUAAAUUAUGGUAUCACUACUUGAAAUAUCGCGAGUCUACAAUUCUCAAUCAAUGUCCAACUGAAAAAGCAUGGACAGCAUUAGCUGAUACAUAUGAAAGAUGUUUGAUGAGAUUGCACAAAAUGCCAAGAAUUUGGCAAUGUUAUUGUGAAAUUAUGAUAAAACGAGGAUUGAUAACUGAAACUCGCAGAGUUUUUGAUCGAUCUCUUCGUUCUCUUCCUGUUACUCAACAUAAACGAAUUUGGGAUUUAUAUAUUGAUUUUCUCACGAAACAUGAUUUACCUGACACUACAAUUCGGGUUUAUCGAAGAUAUUUGAAAUUCAAUCAAAGAGCAAGAGAAGAUUAUAUUGAAUAUUUGAUUUCUCGCGAUCAAAUCGAUGAAGCUGCUAAAGAACUCACAAUUCUUGUAGAUAAAGAUCAAGCAGUUUCAGAGAAGGGAAAAACCGCUCAUCAACUUUGGACCCAACUUUGCGAUUUGAUUUCGAAAAAUCCGGUCAAGAUCUUCUCUCUGAAUGUUGAUGCAAUUAUUCGACAAGGAAUUCAUAGAUAUACAGAUCAAGUUGGAUUUCUUUGGUGUUCUUUGGCUGAUUAUUAUAUUAGAAGUGCAGAAUUCGAAAGAGCUCGCGAUAUUUACGAAGAGGCGAUGGCAAAAGUUUCGACGGUCAGAGAUUUCGCGCAAGUUUAUGAUGCAUAUGCUGCUUUUGAAGAGCGAGAAGUGUCGAUUAUGAUGGAAGAAGUUGAACAAAGUGGAGAUCCGGAAGAAGAAAUUGAUCUAGAAUGGAUGUUUCAACGAUUCCAGAAUCUUAUGGAGCGCAAAAAUCUGUUGAUGAAUAGUGUUCUCUUACGCCAAAAUCCACAUAAUGUUGGAGAAUGGUUGAAUCGUGUCAAGAUUUUUGAGAAUAAUUUCGAAAAACAAGUGGAGACUUUCAAAGAGGCCGUGAAAUCGGUGAAUCCGAAAAUGCAAGUGGGAAAAGUGAGGGAUUUGUGGAUUGCAUUUGCGAAAUUAUAUGAGGAUAAGGGAGAUGUGGAUGCGGUGAGUUUGGAGUAAAAAAAAUAUUGAUUAACUGAAGAAUCUCGAAUUUUUGCUGAUUUUUCCAGAGAUUUUUCUAGUCUAGUCUUCUGUUCAACCCAAAAACCCCCAAUUUUUCAGGCUCGAAAAACCUUCGAAACGGCAGUUUUAUCUCAAUUUGGCGGUGUUAGUGAAUUAGCGAAUGUUUGGUGUGCAUAUGCAGAAAUGGAAAUGAAACACAAUCGACCAAAAAGUGCACUUUCUCUCCUCCAAAAAGCUUGUCAAGUUCCGCGACAAGGAGACUACGAAAAUAUGCACAGUGUGCAAGCUCGAGUUCAUCGAAGUCCAAUAUUAUGGGCAAUGUAUGCUGAUUAUGAAGAAUGUUGUGGAACUGUUGAAUCGUGUCGAAAAGUAUAUGAUAAAAUGAUUGAUUUGAGAGUGGCUUCGCCUCAAAUGAUCAUGAAUUAUGCUCUGUUUUUGGAAGAAAAUGAGCAUUUUGAGCUGGCAUUUCAGGCAUAUGAAAAGGGUAUUGCUCUAUUCAAAUGGCCUAGUGUUUUUGAUAUUUGGAAUACUUAUUUGGUCAAAUUUAUCAAGAGAUAUGGAGGAAAGAAAUUGGAAAGAGCUAGAGAUUUGUUUGAACAAUGUUUAGAGAACUGUCCACCAAAAUAUUCGAAAUGUAAGCUUUUGUGGGAAACUUUGGAGAUUUUUUGCCACUGGGUUUUCAGUGUUUUACCAUAUUUCACCCAAAAAAUCCUCAUUUUUGCAGACAUUUUCCUACUCUACGCAAAACUAGAAGAAGAGCACGGUUUGGCUCGUCACGCUCUUUCAAUCUAUAAUCGCGCUGCUUCCGGUGUUGACAGAUCUGAUAUGCAUUUAUUAUACAAUAUUUAUAUCAAAAAAGUCCAAGAAAUGUAUGGAAUUGCACAAUGUCGACCGAUUUUUGAGAGAGCUAUUGCUGAAUUGCCAGAGGAUAAAUCGAGGUAAAUUUUUCGUCAGAAACAUUAAUAUGAGCAAUCCCUAUAAUUUUGCAGAUCAAUGAGUUUGCGCUAUGCUCAACUCGAAACGACAGUCGGUGAAAUCGAUCGAGCUCGUGCAAUCUACGCACACGCGGCCGAAAUUUCCGAUCCAAAAGUUCACGUCAAAUUCUGGGACACGUGGAAAACGUUCGAAGUUGCGCACGGAAAUGAGGCAACUGUUCGAGAUAUGUUGAGAGUUAGAAGAAGUGUUGAAGCAUCGUAUAAUGUGAAUGUGACAUUGACAAGUGUACAAAUGAGAGUUGAUGCUGAGAGAAAAGCACAAGAGGUAAGAAUUUGGGUGGUUUUGGUGGAAAAAUAUUGGAUCUUGUGUGAAACUUGACCCGAAAUCUAAAUUUCAUAGGUAAUUUGGAUUCUUCUGAAUCAGAAAAAUAUAAAAACACAUUUUUUCCCUCAAAAAAACUUCAUUUGUUUAUCUCCAAUAAUUUUAAAAUUACAAUUCCUCUACAAAAUACUCAUUUUCAUCAAUUCUAAUCGCAUUACAAACUUUUUCGCGAUUCAAUAAUGCAAUAGUAUAAGCAAAAAGCAGACAUAAAAUUGCGAUGAAAAUAUAAAAACGAAAAUCGCCGAAUUUCGAAAAACAACACACUGAAUCGUCUUCUUCUACUGCUGGAUCGUCGUUUUUUGUUAAUCGAUUGAUUAUCUGUAGGAAUUGGGAGAAUUUGGGAUUUUCUGAGUCUACAUUGGUCCCAAAAUUAAAUUUUUCCCUUUUGUUCCGCUAAAAUUUUAAAUUUUCAAGACUCAAUUAGCCUCAAAAAUUUUAAAAAGUCUACAGGGUGGCCGUUAAUUACCCGCACAAAUUCAAUCUGGUCCCGUGUUUGAACAGUAAAUGUAGAUAUGAUUUCUAGUUUCAAAAAUUAUUCCCAGAUGUGUUCAUCAUUUUAACAUAGAAUCUUGUCAUAUAAUUCGGUCUAAGGGUAGCUGGAAUAUCGGGAAUGAAUUUCAGAACUUCGCAUCAGGCACGCUGCUUUUUUUGGAAUGAAUGAGCUUGCUAUACCCAUAGAUAGUUUCAAAUUAUAUGUUUCCGGUUCAGAAUUUUAGUAUAAACCCUAGACGUGCUCGAUCCUUGACGGAAAUGAUUCACAAAAUUUCUGGAACAAGAAUAAGACACAGUAAAGCGAAACCCUCAAAACGGAUUUUUCAACUCAAAAACUCAAUUUUUAUCAUUUAUCAUGUUCACCAUAAUGGUGUGAGAUAAAUCCAUGGUAUUUUUGAUGUUAAAUGUCACUAGUAGGCUUGGUUUGGCUAUACGGAUCUCACAUUUCCCACACUUUGUAACAUUUUCGAUUUUGACCUCGUUUUAUAAAAUUUCUAUCAAAAAACGGUCAAUUUUAAAAACACGACCAGAAAUGAUCUCAAUAAUUUUUCAGAGGGUCUAAUCUCGCUAAAUUCCUUUUUUAAUACCCAAAAAACAUCAUUAAAUUCUGCUAUGAUUCUAAAAGUACCGAAAUUGUUUCAAAUCUGUCACCCGAAGUAUGAAAAUCACUCGAAAAAAAUGUAGCGUGCAAAAAAUCUUGUUUUUGCGUUUCAUACUGUCACCAACAACCCCUCUAACUUGCCUCAAACAUGAAGAAUCACUAUGAGACUUCGAUUAUUUACUUUAAAAUAGGUAAAACUAAAUAAUUAUAAUUACGGUAACAAGUUUGGGACGUUUUGAUAAGAAUCUGAGCUGGUUCAACAAAAAUUUGGCUUGUGCGGGUAAUUAACGGCCACCCUGUACGUGGAAUUUUUCUAUUUGAAAAAUUUUCCACGUGGAUUCUUUGUCACGUCAUAACUUUUUUUUCCGAAAUUUGGGAGAAAAACACUUUUUUUGCGUUAAAAAUCCAAUUUUCCCUCAAAAAUAUCCCCAUCCACAAAAUAUUGCUAACCUGUGUUGGAUACGGCGAAUCCUCAUCAUAAUUUUUUGCUCGCGCAUUUGUUUUCGGUGAUUUUUUGGCUGAAGAUGGUUUCGGUUUUGAUUCGAUUCCUCCCGGAGGACCAUUUGCCAACUCUUUGGACAUUGAAACAUUUGUCUCUGUGUUAUCCAUCGAUCUUCGUUUUUCCAACUUUCUUGGCGGAUUUUCUGAGGGUUUCUGGGUGAUUUUUGGUGGACUUUCCGGCUUUUUUGGCGAAAUUUCAGCUUUUGGUGUGUGAAAAUCUGGUUUUUGAGUGGUUCUCGGCGAAUUUUCAUCUAGAACAGCGGUUUGGGAAUCUUUCAAAUGUAGAGGAGCGGAUUUUUGUGCACGAGAUGUUGUCGGUUUUUCGGCGUAGAGUUCAGAUUCGGGUGUUGUAGGAGACUGAAAAUUUGUGAACUUUUGAGCUAUUCUUCACCCAAACCUUUUUUCCCCAAAAAAUCACCAACCUCAAUAUCAGCUUUCGAUAAAACAGUUUGUUCUCGAAUUGCUUGUCUGGCUGGAUGUUUUGAAGAAGAAGACAUGAUUUUGUUUUGAUUUUCUUUGACCUCAGCUGAUUAUAUUUAUUUGUUAGUUAUUCGAAAAUGUUUUUUUCUUCGUCUGAUUUGCUGAAUUUGAAUUCAUAAGAAAUGGCUGGGGAAAGGUUUUUCGAUUCGAAAAAAAAACAACGUGGGAAAUUUGGGUCACGUUUUUAUUGCGGAACAUUAAUUGAGCCUUUCAAAAAAAAAACGGUUUUUUUCCAGACAACCAGUGGCUCAUCCUCAAAUGCAAUGGAACAAUUGGAUCAACAAAAUUCGGGAGAAAAUUCAACAAUAACACAAGUUUCGAUGAACAAAGGAAAUAUUUCAUUUGUUCGUGGAGCUGGAAAAACUGUGCAACAGGAUACGACUGAAAAUCCGGAUGAAAUUGAUUUGGGAGAUGAUGAUGAUGAUGAUAGAGAAGAAGGAGAAAAUGAUGAAAAUGAAGGUGAGCGGGUGAAAUUUAAUCAUAAAUGGAUUAUUUUGAAGUGAAAAUCGAGAAAAGUUAUGGGGUGAUUCAGGUCGAAAAAACAUUUUUUUUUAAAACGUUUUUUUACAAAAAAUUUCGAUUCAGCAAAUGUCAAAAAACUAUAUUUUUUUCCUAUUUUUGACAUUUUUCGACAUUUUUUCAUUGAAACAUUUUCGCUGCGAGAUAUAUUUCAUUUUUGUGUGGAAAAAAUAGGGUUUUUUGACAUUUGCUGAAUCGAAUUUUUUUGUAAAAAAACGUUUUUUUUUAGUUUUUUCUCAACCUGAAUCACCCCAUUACAUUUUUAUCUCAAAAGGGCAUUGUUCAGAAAAAAAACCAAAAAAAAAUAUUCAAAAAUUCAUACAAAAUGACUGAAAGUAAUCUCCCGAAAUCCUCUGUAAAAAAUAUUUUUUCAGACAUGGAAAUCGACACAAAAACCAUUCCAGCUCAAAUUUUCGGAAGUUUGAAAAAAGCCCAAGAAGAAGAAGAAGCCUAA